CAAAGUCACUUCCAUCAAAUAUAGCACCCGCAUUUCAGAGCUUCAAACUACUGAAAAAGUUUAGCUUUUGCAAUGGAUACGAUAACAAGCAUGGUGACCGGAAAGCCAGUGGUGAUAUUCAGCAAGAGCACAUGUUGCAUGAGCCACUCCAUCAACUCACUGAUAACGGGGUACGGGGCGAAUCCAACAGUGUAUGAGCUUGAUCAAAUCCCAAAUGGGCAAGUAAUAGAGAGGGUGCUAGUUGAGCAGCUGAAAUGCGAGCCAAGUGUGCCAGCUGUUUUCAUAGGCCAACAGUUCGUUGGUGGAGCUAAUCAGGUCAUGACCCUCCAACUCAGAAACCAGCUUGCGCCUAGGCUCCUAGAGGCCAAUGCCAUUUGGGUUUGGAACUAACAGUGGUAUACUCUGAUUACAUCUAAUUUACAGUCAUGACUCCAAAUAACAGUACGUUUUCAUGUUCUCUCCCUCCCGAUCCUUUGGGUUUAUUAUUAUGAAGGAAUGAACGUGUUGUACUCUAUA